CUCGUUUUUCCGCUCCUCCGGGUCGUCAUUGGACCGAGUCCGCCCAUCAGCACCCCUGCACCCCAUAGCAUACAGUGGUCUCCUUGCCACUGCUUCCUUCGCUAGCAGUAGUAGUGUAAGCGUCCGCGAGCACGGCCUAAAAGUUGCAUAAGUGUAGUACUGCUCCUGGUCUCACCGCUUUCCAAUCAGCAGUUGGCUAGUUCCGACGUCGCCACACCAUAGCGCCAGCGCAUCUUGUCGUCCAACAUGUUCCGAAACGCAGCCACACCCUGCAGAGGCGCAAUAGGCUCGCCCGCCAUGCACUUCCGACGACGACUCGCUACGGUCGCGCAAUCCACAAAACCACCCACAGCCGUAGUCCUCAUGAACCUCGGCGGACCCAAAGACCUCGACUCCGUGCAUUCCUUCCUCCACAACCUCUUCUCCGACGGCGAUCUCAUCCCCAUCCCUUUCCAAAGUUACGCCGCAAAGUUCAUCGCUAAGCGGAGAACACCCAAAAUUCAGGAGCAAUACGCGCAGAUCGGUGGCGGGUCGCCGAUUCAUAUGUGGACGGAGAGGCAGGCAAAGAUGUUGGAGGAGAGACUGGAUAAGGCAUCGCCUGCGACCGCACCACACAAAUCCUACGUCGCCUUCCGCUACACCGCCCCCAUGACCGAAGAAACCAUUCACGCAAUGCAACGCGACGGCGUCCAAAGAGCCGUCGCCCUCACCCUCUACCCGCAAUACUCCUGCUCCACAACCGGAAGCAGCCUAAAUGAGCUAUGGCGCAACCUAAAGGACCUCGACCCAGACCAGAAAAUCAAAUGGAGCGUCGUGGACAGGUUUCCGACCCACCCGGGCCUCGUCGAAACAUUCGCGCGCCAUAUCGAGAAAUCACUGGCCACUUAUCCCGAGUCCGAGCGCAAAGACGUCGUAUUACUCUUCUCCGCCCACUCCCUCCCCAUGGACGUCGUCAACCGCGGCGACCCGUACCCGCAAGAAGUCGCCGCGACAGUGCAGGCCGUCAUGGAACGUCUGGGGCAUUCGAACCCGUACCGCCUGAUCUGGCAAUCGCAGGUCGGCCCGAAACCAUGGCUGGGCCCGAAACCGGACGCGGUGCUGGAGGGGUAUGCGAAACUGGGCCGGAAAAAUCUAUUGAUGGUGCCGAUUGCGUUUGUGUCGGAUCAUAUUGAGACGUUGUUUGAGGUCGAUGUUGAGUAUGGGCAUUUGGCGAAGGAGAAAGGAAUAACAGGCUUUAAACGCGUCGAAUCCCUCAACGACGACCCCAUCUUCAUCGACGCGAUGGCUGACAUUGUUCAAACCCACCUGGCGGGCAACAAACCGGUUUCGAAUCAACUGCCGCUCCGGUGUCCGCUCUGCACGAAUGAAAAGUGUGGCGAGCAGAAGGAGUUUUUUAAAGGGCAGCGGUUGUAGGUUGAAAGGGGCGACGGUUUAGGUCUAGAGGAACGGCGUAAGCGAGGGAGAGUCUCUGGAAAUCACUGCUCUUGUCGCCACGUGCGCUGUGUCGGUUUUUUGGCUGUGGUUGCAACCCGUGGCCGUGGUUUUUUGGCAUGGGUCUCACGCUCUGAUGGAUGUGCGUUGCAGAAAUCAUUAACGAUUCCCUGCCAGACUCGGUUCACUUACGUACACAUCCCAUGCGCAUUCCAAAGUCUCAUCGUGUGAUUGAAUCUUACAUUACACAACUAUACGUUUACUUUAGACUGUAAUAUGGGCAAUCAUCCUUGACGUCUUGCUGCCCGGCGUAAACAAAACCCUCAUGGGCGAGUUUCUACUCCCUUCCUGAUUGGGAUACGACGCAUCUUCGAAUUGUUCAUGCCUCACAAUCCGCAUUGGU